AUGACCCUGUCCGGAAGCGACAUGCCCGGCCCGACGGUCCUGCCGGCCGAGGACGUGGACAUCGACGUGGUGGGCGAGGGGGACGAGGCCCCGCCGCAGGAACCGUCCGGAGAGGGCGGGGGCGAGCCCGGGGGGGACCCCCGCCCCCGCCCGGACCGGGCGGACGAGCCCCCGGCCCCGCCGCAGCCCCCGGCCCCGCCCCAGGCCGCGGACGGGGCGGGGGGCGAGGAGGCCCCGACGGCGGCGGCGGCGGCGGCCACCGGCGGCAAGCCCAAAAACAGCCUGGUGAAGCCCCCCUACUCCUACAUCGCCCUGAUCACCAUGGCCAUCCUGCAGAGCCCCCAGAAGAAGCUGACCCUCAGCGGCAUCUGCGAGUUCAUCAGCGGCCGCUUCCCCUACUACCGGGAGAAGUUCCCCGCCUGGCAGAACAGCAUCCGCCACAACCUGUCGCUCAACGACUGCUUCGUCAAGAUCCCCCGCGAGCCGGGCAACCCGGGCAAGGGCAACUACUGGACGCUGGACCCGCAGUCGGAGGACAUGUUCGACAACGGCAGCUUCCUGCGCCGGAGGAAGCGCUUCAAGAGGCACCAGCAGGAGCAGCUGCGGGAGCAGACGGCGCUCAUGAUGCACAGCUUCGGGGCCUAUAGUCUGGCCGCCGCCGCCGCCGCCUCCGUCACCUCGACCGGUCCCUACGGGCGGCCUUACGGGUUGGGCCCCGCUGCUGCGGCGGCUGCUGCCGCUGCUGCGGCUGCCGCUGCGGCUGCGGCCGGCUACCCCUCUCCAGCGGGGUUGCCCUACCCUUACCUGCCCCCCGUGCCCCCCAUGUUGCCCCCCGCCGUCGAGCUAGGCCGCAAGGCCUUCGCCUCUCCGCUCAGCCCGGGCCUGCAGCUGCAGCUCGGCAGCCUCGGGGCGGCCUCCUCCUCCUCGUCCUCGUCCUCGUCGUCGUCGUCCUCCUCGUCGUCGUCGUCCUCGUCGACGUCCGCGGCCUCCUCCUCCUCCGCGCAGGCCUCCGCGCCGGCCGUCAAGGCGGAGCCCAGCGGGCGGCCGUCGUUCAGCAUCGAGAACAUCAUCGGCGGGGUGGGGGUGGGGGUGGGAGUGGGGGUCCCCCCCGGGGCCGGGCAGACUUUCGUGCGGCCCGGUGGUCUGGGGGUGGGGGCGGGCCCCGGGCUGGCCCUGGGCCGGGGGCCCGGGCCCGGGUCGCCCCUGCUGGGGGGGGCCCUGGCCGGACAGUUCCUGCCCCCCGCGGCCUCGGCCGCCGCCUCGGUGGCCGCCGCCGUGCAGGCCAAGUGGCCCGCGCAGUAG